AUGAAUAGUAAUGAUGGUGGAACUUAGAGAACUGCUCAAAAUACUUAAUUCAAUAAUACUGGAAGGAAUUGGAGGAAACUAAUUACUCCAGCCCAGGACUCAUUAAAUAAGUUUUAAUAGUAGUAAUAAGAUUACUCAGGUUAUAAUCCAGGAUCAAGAGUUAAUACUUAAAACGACAAAUAGAACGGUGCUACUACAAAUUCAUAGAAUACUUCAAUGGAUACUAGCAACCUUUCUUUGAGUGUUAAAUAAUUCACACCAUCUUAAGACGUGAAACAACUUAAGAUGACUCUUAAAGGUGGAAUAUCAAAUACCACAGAAUCAAAUCACAAGCUGAGCAUGAAUUCUGAAAUAAAUAACUUUGGCAAUUAAAAACUAUCCCAUUUCUCCAAUAAUAAUCAUCUUGAAACUAUACAUGAUGAGGAGUCAAAGAAUAUAAAGUCUAGUUUAAUGUACAAUGAUAAUUUUGGUGCUUCUACUAGUCAAAUGAAAUCUAUAAUGAAGAGUUACAGUAAUGCAAACUUUGAGUUUUUUGAAAAUCUUUACAAAAAGCAUUUCGCUCAUGCAAAAGACAAGUCCUAAAUAAGUUCAAAACCACCUACUAGUAGCCAAUUAAAUUUUGAUAAAUCUGAAAAAGACUUAUUUAAUCUAACAAGUAAGACUAAUACUUAGCUUGGAAUUAGCUAGUUCAAGAAUUCUUAAUUGAAUUCAAUCGAAUCAUUUGGGAAAUCACAGGAUAAGAAAAGUAUUUUAAGAGCAUCAUCAUUAAAUGAUAAGAGAUAGAAUUAAAGAGAUACCAUUAAAAGUACGAUGUCUAUUAACUUUAAGAAUUCUCUAUAUAAAAAAAUUAAUCCUUCAACAGCUCUUCUUGAUGACAAUAGUUUAAGUAAGAUUGAUUCUAAAAGUAAGAUUCUCCAAGAUAGAAGUCUCCAAAGAAAAGUAAUGCAAUCAUUUAACUUAGAUUCUUCUGAGGAAUCAUCUGAUCAAGAGGAAAUUAAAUAAAAUAAGGAUUCUGAUAGAUAACCAAUAAACCUAAAAAACCACAUUUAAAAUAAUAAAAUAUAGGUAUUGGGAGAUGCUAUUAACAAUAAAAAGAUGAGAAGAGAUCAUUAAGUAUCAAAAGAUAGUUUAGAGGAUGCUAUAUUCAAAAGUGAUUUUAAUGUCUUAAGUAGAAGAGAUCUAAGCGCUAGGCAAGAUGAUAAUAAUAUAUUCAGUGAUAAUCCGUCUUAGAUAAUGGAGACUAGCAAUGAAAGAAGGAAUAAAUUUCAUAGAGGCAAUUUUAAUGCAGAUUAAGAUAAAAGCUGGAGUAGAAAUAGAAAUGAAAUUCCGAAUCAGUGUGAUGAUUCCUCAAGCUCCUUGAAUUUAUUUCAUAAAUUGUUAAGCUCAAAUCAUAACAAAAAGAUGCCAAAGAUUACAUCUGGUCAAAGCUCAGUCCUUUUAAGCAACCCAGAUUUUAAUCUAAUGAGUCAUUAUAAUAAUGGCGAUACUCAAAUUAUUUUUGAAUAACCAACAAAAGAAGAUGCUCUUGAAGACACAUACAAGUCAGCCUAGCCAUUCAAUAAUAACAAGCAAGAUUUCCUUGGGUUAAAGGCAGAAGAUUUAACUACUAUCGUUGAAAAUAAUAACUAACCGAGCUAGAAUGAAUCAUCUUAAAUGUCUUAAUCAAAUGAAAUUUUAAACACUUACAAGCAGAAUAUAAUGAUGGCAAGAACUAACAUUAGAAAUGAAGAACCUCAUAAUAAUCAUAGAAAGAAUUUUAAUAGCCAUAAGAAUUCAAUUAACAUUUAAUAGCCUCUCUAAGAUAAAUAUAUGCAUCAGUAAUAAUCAGCGAAUCCUGAUAGGUAGAGGCAUGUUAUAGGCUAGAGCGUUCGAAAUUCAAAUGUGAAGGAUAUGAAUAUGAAUGUUGAUUAGAAAUCAGAUUUUACUUUUAUACUAUCUAACCCUACAGACUUCUGCGAAUGCUGUGCACCUGAGGUCAUAAAUUAGAAUAACUCUUUUGUCACCCAAAAAUUUUAAAAGAUCCCCUCAACAGCUUAAAAUAGUGAAUUAAAAUAACAGAAUUAAGUAUUGUCAUCCUACAGAAAAGGAGCGUUUUAAACAAUAACAUAACCACCUAGGCUUUAAGAUUUUGGUGCUUCUCCAAUAUAUUCAGAAAAUGGAGGACUACCUGGAAGCCAAUUUUAUUUAAACUAAUAAGUAUGCUAGAACUGUGGUGGUUGCAAGGGAAACGCUAAGAAGAUGGGGAAUACACAGCAUAGAUUGAGUUAUAAUUAAAUGCACAAUUAAAGUAUAAAAGAGGAAGAGAGCUAAGAUGCAGAGGAUGAAUACUACCAAAACUAAAACUAUAUUGACUCUUAGAUUGAGGAAAAUUCUAGCUAAAAUAUACAGGCAAACUAUCAUCCCAAUGAUAGAGUUUUUGAGUAUCAAUAGCAGAAUAUUCAAAAUAAUAACCUAGAAAAUCAGAUUGUCAGUGGUGAAAUAUCCCUUGAAGAUGGAAACCUUAAUAAAAUGGUAUUAACAAAACUAAGUCCUAAAGAAGAGGAAUUAAGGAGACUUUAGACUAUUAUAUCUUUUUCACAAGAAUAUAUGAGCAAGAUACUUUAAGAUAACAGUGUAUCUAUUAAUCUUAAAAGUCAACUAGCAUAAAUAAUGGGAGCCAUAUCUAGUGUUUACCACCCAACUCCUUUAAAUAAUCAUAUUGCUUCAAAUCUAACUCAUAUUCAAUCAAACUACAAUAAUAAUCAUCACAUGGUUUCUUAGCAAACCACUCUUUAGCCAACCAGUAUAUUCCUAGACAAUAAUAUGACUAUUAGUGAGCUUCACUAAAUUUAAAGGCAAAAUCAAAACAACUUAAUGAAAAAACAUAAUAAUCAGAAAAAUAGAAAUAAUGAAAUCAUUCAUGAAGAAGUUUCAACUUAGCAGGAUAAGUCAGUAGACUCUGAAAGGUAUAUAAAGUAAAAGAAAGAUAAAACAAAGCACAAAAAAUAAGAUUUAAAUGUUCCUUAAAACCUCAAGAAGAAGUAUCAAAAUCUUAAAAGUUCCUUAUUAUCAUCCUCUUGUGAAGAUCCUUAAUUCAAUUGCAUUAGAGAGGAUACUAUUCUAUCUUAUAUAGACUAGGAUGAUGAUGAAGACUUUUCAGACGAUGAUUCUCUUGAAAGAUAAGAUAAAAGAAUAAGAAUUGCAGCAUUUAAGACUUUAAGAUAAAGUGAAUUCAAUAAAAGCAAGUCAUAAUACCAGAACACAGCUAAAAAACUAAAGUAGUCAACUUAAGCUCAUCAUAAAGUGAAUGAAAUAAAGAAAUCACUCAAGCAAACUAAGAAGAGUUUAUUAUCUACAAAACAAUAGUUAAAGCGAGAAAGAUUAGCCAAUCAAUAGUAAGAAGAUAAAAUGAAAAAACUUGAAGCCUAGAUAGAGGCAUUAACUGAAAGAUGGAAAAUGACUGAAGAUAGCGUUAAAGCCAAAGAAAACAUGAAUUAGUUAAUGCAGAGAAUCAAUAGUAGCACCACCACAUCGACUAACUUGCCUAAUAAUUCAACUCAUGUUGGAGCAUCAGCAUCUAUAUCCCUUUAAUAAAACACAAGUAUAUCAUAAAAGAUGGCACACAACUCAUCAAGUUCAUUUAUCAGAAGAGAUCUCUCCCCAAACAUCAACAAUCAAGUUUCUUUAAAUAAUAACAAUAGCCAGUCAACUAAAAAUUUUGCAGGUGGUUCAGUAUCUCAUAUUAAUAUUUCAUAGAAUCAUAGCCAUUUAGAUUAGUCUAGCAAGCAUUUAUUGGAAAUAAACGAUAGGCUCACGAAAUAAAUCGAAGACAAUUUAUAGCUUUUCGAAAACUUGAACGAAGAACUAACAAAUAAGGAUAGAGCAAUAGCUGAAAAUUAGCAAAAGCUCUAGGAUAAACAAAGAGAGAUUGAUUUAUUAAUGAAAAGACUUAAUGAGAUGAGUGAGAGCAUGAAAACUCUCUAAGAUAUAACAAAAAGUACUUCUCAGAUGAGUGAGCAAACAAAGACAAAGCAUUAAGAAGAAAUGGAGUAGAUUAAAAGGAAGCAACAGGACUACAAUUAGAAGUUGGAUAGAAUAAAUUCAGUAUUUUAGAAUAUUCCAAAUACUCAAUCAAUAAUUUCAAGCAAUAACGAUCUUAAUAUGUAUUCGAAGUACCAAAGAAGAUAGGUGCUUGGAGCAAGCAAUAUGCUGAAUUGUAUUCCUUUGACAUCCCCAGAUUCAAAUGGCAUUAAUAUGCCAACUAACUAAUCUAACAACUCAUCAAGGAUAUAAGAUGAAGAGUUUAGCAUAGGUUAGUUCAAUGCUCCUAAAUAAACUGAGAAUGAUAUGUUGCCUCAGAAAUUGAGUCAAAUUAAUAAAUAACUAAAGAAUGAAGGAAAUAAAGAAAAUUUAAGAAAUAGAGAGGACGGAAAUUCCCUUUUAAACUCAAAUGUGUUGAAUUCUCUUUAUAACAAUCUCAAAGAGUCAGUUAAAAAUUAUAACAAUGUUCAAAAUACUACUUAGAAUCACACUAAUAACUUCUUGAAUAACACUACCGAAUCUACAAUGCUGAAGUAUAGUCAGGAUGCUACACAUUCAUUGAUAAAUACAAUGAAAGUUUAAAAUAAUUGA